CGGCCGGCGACGCCGAGUCCGCCCCCGCCCCCGCCCGGACUUCCGCCCGUGCGGGAAACCCCGGAGCGGAUAUAGCAGUUUCUCUUUCCGGCCUGCCUCCUUUUCGGCCGCAGCUGCCUCCACGCGAACAUGCCGCUCGCGAAGGACCUCCUGCACCCGUCCCCCGAGGAGGAGAAGCGGAAGCACAAGAAGAAGCGCCUGGUGCAGAGCCCCAACUCCUACUUCAUGGACGUGAAGUGCCCGGGCUGCUACAAAAUCACCACGGUCUUCAGUCACGCGCAGACCGUCGUGCUGUGCGUCGGCUGCUCCACGGUGCUGUGCCAGCCCACCGGAGGGAAGGCGAGGCUGACAGAAGGAUGCUCCUUCAGGCGAAAGCAGCAUUAAGCCGUGGACUCUUGCACAGGAUGGGUGGGGCUAUGCGCACAGCCGCCGGCUUUGAUUCUGACGGUCUCAAGAGCGGGGUUGGAGUGCACGCAGCGGAGCGGGAAAUGCGGUUGGGUUACCGCUGGGGGCCCUAGUUGCUCCCAGGGGGCAUGGAAUACGAUCAACCCCGUGGCUAUGGCGCUGUCCUUGUAGCCUCACCCGUUUGAUUCAAUAAAUUUUGGAUAUAAAGGCAA